UCCGUCUCGUCUGCUCUGUGUUUGUUUUAGUUCGUUUUAAAAGCUGCAGCACAGCGCCCCUGUGGUUCCGUCUCGCCCACUGAUAUGGCGAUGGGAGUCUGUUCAAAAACUAAAAACAACCGGCCCUUUGACGAGCUGUGCCUAUCUCCGGCGACAACCAGAUCCCUGUCUCACACGGCGUUUGGGAUUUGAAGCGUAGCUAAUGGCAGCUAUUAAGCCUUGGAAGAUUAGUGGCAAGAAGUAGUUGAGAGUCCUUAAGAUGUUAAUAGCUCAAGAGAUGUCUAGUCCAUUUGAUUCUAGUGUUGUUGCGAAAUUAAUGGGCUUGAGUAAACUGCCAAUUCAACAAAAAGUUCAGACUUCGAAAAGAAAUCCCCAGGAGAUUGAUUCAGAUGACUUUCUAAGUAGAGCUCUCCAAGAUUAUUGGCAGCGGGACGAUGGUUCCUCUAAUCACCCUAUGAACUGUGUGAGCGAACUUUGCAUGCACGAGAAAUGUAAGGAUUUGUAUGAAGCAAAACAGCAACUUUCAUCAAAAGUUCAAAUUAAGAAUCAUAAUCUGCAAAAUGAAGUCUGCUAUGAAAAUUUGAUGGAGAAGAGAAUGGCUCUCGUGCACCAAAAGUUCAUUUUGGCAAAGCGUCUGGCUACAAGUAAUAGGCUUAUACAGUCAAAAGAGUUCAAGGAUGCUCUUGAGGUUCUUAGUUCGAAUAGAGAUUUAUUUCUCAGAUUUCUUGAAGAGCCAAACUCUGUGUUCUCUGAGCAACUUAGAGAAAUCCAGCAAAUUAUUUCGUUGGGAUCUCAAUCCAAGAGCAUCACUAUUUUGAAGCCAGCCUCAUUAUUCCAUUCAGAUCAAGAGAAAUCCAUGAGGAGAAACCGAUACAGGUGCAGUGAAGAGGACAUGAAAAACAUUGAUGUACAAGGCUGGAGCUCUAGCUUGUUUAUUCCCAAACCUGAAACUUUAUCUGAGCCCACAAAGAUUGUGGUUCUAAGGCGUAGUCCUCCAGUGCUUCAUGAAACAAAAACUAAUAUGGCUCCAACUUCACAGAAUUCUUGGGUCCAUGAAGUCAAACCAGGAUCUGUGAAAUCCUGUAGUUCUCAAUCCCACUCAGCUGAGUUAUCAGUGAGACAUGAAGCCGGGAAAAGACUCGUAGAAAGAAGGGUGUUAGAAGCAGAUCUCAAAAGGAGCUCAAGUACCUUGGGCGAGAUACUCGCCAUUCCUGAGGUGAAGAAAGAGGAAAAAGUGGUUGAUAAGCUUUCCAUUUCGCCUAGGAUUUCGCUUGGUGAAGAACAGGAAUCAAACUUUGCAGGGACAUGUGAGGACUGUCAUCCAGAUUCAUGCAAUGUAAACAUUAGGGUGAAUGAAGAAAUUUCUUGCACAGGUUCAGGCAAAUCUUUUAAGGACAAAGUUUCAAGUAUGUUCUUCUCAAGGAUGAAGAAAUUGGUUAACGAGAAGCCUAAACUUUCAAAUUCAGUGAGCUCUGAUGGUAGACUUCAUGCAGCUAGUUCUUCAUCUAUAGAAGAUGAUAAUCUAUCAAAAUCUUCUCAUGAUGGGAAAAUUUCGGAGGAAAAUUUGGUCAAGUUCUCAUCUCCUGUUUCAGUCAAUCGUACAGAAAGGCAUGGGAAUCUCUCCUUCAAGGCCAUUCGUUCUAUAGAGAAACUAUGGAAAUCUGAAAUCUCCAGAGAGGAUUUCAAUCAACAUAGUCCAAUUUCAGUCCUAGAAAAACCAUUCCAAGAAGAAAUUUCUAUAAACAUCUCCAACUCUUGUCAAAUUUCCACCACCAGCCGUGCCGAAUCGCCAUCCAGACCCCCGCUCAUCGCUUCGGUUCGCCGUUCAACUUAUUCCGAGCAAGGACACCCUGCAAGUACAGCCCCAAACUCCUUGAAGCUUUCCAAUCUUUUCUCCAAAGAAGAUAAAGACCAGGAACAACUUGAUUUCAUCCAGAAGAUAAUUUCAACUUCAAAGUUAGCUGAUGAGAACUCCAACACAGUGUUAGCCAGAUCACACUCUCUGGAUUCUCCAUUAGAUCCAACUCUGCUUCAUGACUUGUUGGAAAGGGACGGAAAAGAAGCCAAAAACAGGGAGAAGCUCUCAAAUCAGAAGCUGCUAUUCGAUUUUGUCAGUGAGUCCCUCAAAGAAAUUGGAUAUUACAAUUUAGUCCACACAAAUCCUUGGUCUUCAACAGGAAGCAUGGCUCAGCUUAGACCAAAUCCUACAGUGAAAUUUGCGGUUUUGUGCCGUUUGAAGGAAUGCUUGUCUGAGGAAGAAAAUCUUAUGUCAGCUGAGAAUAAUAAAACGCUUGUUGAUAAUUUGGUGAAGAAAGAGAUGAUGAGGAGUGGAUUGGCUGAAUCCAUGUGGUUGGAAGUGGAUGAGUUUAGCAAAGAGAUUGGUGAAAAGAUGCUUCAGGAGUUGUUUGAUGAUGCAUUGGAUGAUCUUAUUGGGUGCUGUUUGUGCUGAGUUUUUUCAUUUUUUUUCUCCCUUUUUUUGUCUUUUUGUAUAGUGAUAAUUUGGCUCUUAUUAGUAUUGCCAUAUAAUUGAGGUGAUGGAAAGGUGCAGAAGCAAAAAAAUUAGACUUGAGUUUAUAGUAUCUUAUAUUUAUUUGUCUAGCUGUAAUGCAUGUGUAUUAGUU